UCCAGUGUGUGUUUGAGGGGAUCGCUAAACCAGGAACCCGAAUCACUCUAAAUGAGAUCUACACAGAGCUCUGCAUCACAGAGGGAGGGACCGGAGAGGUCAACACUGAACAUGAGGUCAGACAGAUUGAAAUGUUUUCCUGGAAACCAAACGGACCAGAAACAACAAUCAGGUGUGAAGACAUCUUUAAAGCUUCGACUGAAAGAGACAAACCAAUCAGAACAGUCCUGACCAAAGGCGUGGCUGGCAUCGGGAAAACACUCCUGACACAAAAGUUCACUUUGGACUGGGCUGAAGACAAGACCAACCAGGACAUCCAGUUCAUGUUUCCAUUCACAUUCAGAGAGCUGAAUUUACUGAAGGAUAAAAAGUUCAGCUUAGUGGGACUUAUUCAUCACUUCUUCACUGAAAUCAAAGAAGCAGGAAUCUGUAACUUUGAAAAGUUCAAAGUUGUGUUCAUCUUUGAUGGUCUGGAUGAGUGUCGACUUCCUCUGAACUUCCACAUCACUGAGAUCCUCACUGAUGUUACAGAGUCCACAUCAGUGGAUGUGCUGCUGACAAACCUCAUCAGGGGAAAGUUGCUUCCUUCUGCUCACAUCUGGAUAACCACACGACCUGCAGCAGCCAAUCAGAUCCCUGCUGAGUAUAUAGACAUGGUUACAGAGGUCAGAGGGUUCACUGACCCAAAGAAGGAAGAGUACUUCAGGAAGAGACUCAGAGACAAGGAAGAGGCCAACACCAUAAUCUCUCACAUCAAGACAUCACGAAGCCUCCACAUCAUGUGUCACAUCCCAAUCUUCUGCUGGAUCACUGCUACAGUUUUAGAGAGUGUGUUAAAAACCAAACAGGAUGGAGGAAAGCUGCCCAAGACACUGACUGAGAUGUACAUUCACUUCCUGGUGGUUCAGACCAAAGUGAAGAACAUCAAGUAUGAUGGAAGAGCUGAGACAGAUCCUCUCUGGACUCCAGAGAGCAGGAAGAUGAUUGAAGCACUGGGGAAACUGGCUUUUGAGCAGCUGCAGAAAGGAAACCUGAUCUUCUAUGAAUCAGACCUGACAGAGUGUGGGAUUAAUGUCAGAGAAUCCUCAGUGUACUCAGGAGUGUUCACACAGAUUUUUAAAGAGGAGAGAGGGCUGUACCAAGAGACUGUGUUCUGCUUCAUCCAUUUGAGUAUUCAAGAGUUUCUGGCAGCUCUUCAUGUCCAUCUGACAUUCACCAACUCUGGUAUCAACCUGCUGGAAGAAGAAGAAACAGCAUCAGUGCAGACUGACGAGUCUUCAGUAAGACAGUUCUACCAGAGUGCUGUGAACGUGGUUUUGAAGAGUUCAAAUGGACAUCUGGACUUGUUUCUUCGCUUCCUCCUUGGUCUUUCGAUGCCAUCCAAUCAGGAUCUCCUACAAGGCCUGCACACACAAAAAGGAAACAGCUCACAGAUAAAUCAGGAAGCAGUCAAGUACAUUAAAGAAACAAUGAAUGGCACUCUCUCUCCAGAGAAAAGCAUCAAUCUGCUCCACUGUUUGAAUGAAUUGAAUGAUGACUCUAUAGUGAAGGAGGUCCAGCAUCACCUGAGUUUAGGACACCUGUCUAAAGUUAAUCUCUCUCCUGCUCAGUGGUCAGCUCUGGUCAUUAUCUUACUGUCAUCAGAAACAGGUGUGGAUGAGUUUGACUUGAGGAAAUACUCAGCUUCAGAAGAGGCUCUUCUGCAGCUGCUGCCAGUGGUCAAAGCCUGUAAGAAAGCCCAGUUGAGUGGCUGUAACCUCACAGAGAGAAGCUGUGAAGCUCUUUCCUCAAUUUUAAGUUCUCAGUCCUCCACACUGAGAGAGCUGGACAUCAGUAACAACAACCUCCAGGAUUCAGGAGUGAAGCUGCUUUGUGUUGGACUCGGGAGUCCUCACUGUAUGCUGGAAACUCUCAGGUUGUCAGGCUGUCAGAUCACAGGAACAGUCUUCACCUCUCUGGCCACAGCUCUGCGCUCCAAUCCCUCCUAUUUGAAAGAGCUGGACUUGAGCUAUAAUCACCCAGGAGACUCAGAAAUUAGGCUUUUGUCUGCUCUAAAGGAGGAUCCACAUGUGAAACUGGAAAUACUCUGUGUGGAGCCUCAAGGAGUCCAGUGGAUGAAACCAGGUCUAAAGAAAUAUUUCUGUGACCUGACGCUGGAUCCAAACACAGCACACAGAAACCUCAAACUGUCUAAAAACAACAAGGAGGUGACACAUGUGGAAGAAGAUCAGCUGUAUCCUGAUCAUGAUCAUAGGUUUGAUCACUGGCCUCAGCUGCUGUGUACCAACAGUCUGAGUGGUCGCUGUUACUGGGAGGUCGAGUGGAGAGGAGAGGUUAAUGUUGCUGUAACUUAUGGAGGAAUCAGACGGAAAGGAGAAGAGGAUGAAAGCAGGUUUGGAAGGACUUAUCAAUCCUGGAGUCUCUACUGCAGUGAUGACAGGGGUUACUAUGUAGAUCACAAUUACAUAGCAAGAGCCAUCCCUCUUCUCCCCUCAGCUCAUUCUCACAAAGUAGCAGUGUAUGUGGACUGUUCUGCAGGAACUGUGUCUUUUUACAGCGUCUCCUCUGAUAAACUGAUCCACCUGCACACCUUCAACACCACCUUCACUGAACCUGUAUAUGCUGGGUUUAGAGUGACGCCUGACUCUAAUAUCCACCUCUGUGCUGACUCAAAAUAAUGGACUUACUGUGCAGAGAAAUAUUCUCACAUUGGUGUUUCAUACUUUUUUUUAUAUAUCAGGUAUAUAUUAUAGUGUAUUAAUUUGGUUUUCAGUCCAGAGUUGUUGGAUUAGACUGAUUUUCCUCAACAAAAAAAAAAUCUUUUAUCAUCUCAUUGUCUUUGGUGCCUUUUUUAAGAGCAGAUAUCAGUUUCUAUUAAUACAUCAUGGUUUACAUACCCACAGGACUUUUCGUCCUGAGGAAAGAGGAACUUUAUUUUAAAAUCUGUUGCAUUACUAUCAUCUAUCACUAAAUUUGUUGCAUCAAUCCAUCCAUUCAUUUUCUUCCGCUUAUCCGUGGCUGGGUCGCGGGGGCAGCAGCCCAAGCGGAGAAGCCCAGAUCUCCCUCUCCCCAGCCACCUCCUCCAGCUUGUCCGGGGGAACAACAAGGCGUUCCCAGGCCAGCAGAGGGAUAUAAUCGCUCCAGCUUGUCCUGGGUCGGAAAACCUCGCCCAGGAGGCACCCAGAAGGCGCCCAGGAGGCAUCCUUGUCAGAUGCCCGGACCACUUCAACUGGCUCCUUUUGAUGUGGAGGAGCCAGUUGAGGUCUACUAUGGGCCCCUCCCGAAUGGCCGAACUUCUCACCCUAUCUCUAAGGGAGAGGCCAGCCAACCUUCAGAGGAAGCCCAUUUCCACCGCUUGUAUUCGCGAUCUCGUUCUUUCGGUCACU